AUGACCUUCAAGCUCUCCGUCGGCCUUUUGGCUCUUAGCCUUGCCCUUCCCCUCGCCAUCAUCGAUGGUGUCGAGGCCGGAAUGGCCACCCGAUACUGGGAUUGCUGCAAACAAUCGGCUUCGUGGGGAUCGAAGGCACCUGUGUAUGCUCCGGUCGACGUUUGCAAGGCGGAUGGUGUCACUUUGAUCGAAUCUUCGACCGCUGACUCUGGACAGAGCGGUUGCAACGGUGGUGACCAGUACACGUGCAACUGCAUGCAGCCCUUCAACGACAGCACCGACCCCACUCUGGCGUACGGCUUUGCUGCCUUCACCGCCGGUAACGAGGAGGCCACCGACUGUGCUUGUUACCUCGCCGAGUUCGCCCACGACGGUUCUGGCAAGGCGAUGAAGCGCAACAAGCUCCUGUUCCAGGUGACUAACACUGGUGGUGACGUCAACAGCGGCAACAUUGACUUCCAGAUCCCCGGUGGUGGACUGGGUGCCUUCACCCAGGGCUGCCCUGCGCAGUGGAAGACUCCCGCCUCGCAGUGGGGCGAGACUUACGGUGGUGUCAAGGCUGCCGACCAGUGCUCCGGUCUUCCCAAGCAGCUCCAGGAGGGCUGCAAGUGGCGCUUCUCCGAUUGGGGCGACAACCCUGUGCUCUCGGGCGCUCCCAAGCGAGUCAGGUGCCCCAAGGCGCUCAUCGACAGGUCCGGCUGCCAGAGGAAGGACGAUAACGCCAUCGGCGCCUACCAGGGCAAGACCGAUGCCGGUGGUAAGCCCGCUGAGAGCGGCUACAAGCGAGACCGCAGCGUCUGCCUCGGCGGCGCUUCCAGCAGCAGCAGCGGAAGCCAGCCUGAGGGCUACGGUGCUGGCUCCAACGGUAACGCACCCCAGGGUGACGCACCCCAGGGCAACUCUCCUCAGGACAGCGCUCCUCAGGGUGAUGCUCCUCAGGGUAACGCUCCCGAAGGCUACGGCGCCGGCUCUGCUCCUCAGGGAAACGCUCCUCAGGUAAACGCUACUCCCGGAUCCGAUAUUCCUCCUCCUAGCGGCAACGGCGAUGCUCAGAACGCGCCUGCAGACCAGGGUGCCCCCGCCCCCGCCCCCGCCCCCGAGGGCUACGGCAACAGCCCCAACGCUCCUGCUGCCGGAGCUGCCAAUGGCGCUCAGAGGCACAAGCAGUUCAAGCAGCACAAGAAGCCUCAGGCUGCCGAGCAGUGCGAUGCGCCCAACUAG